CCCUCGACGCGCGCCUCCGCGGCCUAUCGCUAACAUUACGCAGGACCUUCCUGAAGCGCAAAGGCGGUCUGUUCAAGAAGGCACACGAGCUGUCUGUGCUCUGCUCUGUGGACGUUGCGGUCAUCAUCUUCGGCCACAACAAGAAGCUGUACGAGUUUUCAUCCGGAGACAUCAACGAGACCAUCGGUCGCUACCAAUAUGUCACGCAGUAUGGCGGCGCGCACGAGCACAAGGGGCCGGAGGACUUCAUGGGCAAGAAAGACGACGACGAAGAAGACGAGGACGACGACGGCGCGCCUCCGCGCGACUCGCACACGCCGCCGGAGCAACACGGCCUGAUGCCACACCACAUGCAGCAUGCCCAGGCCUUUCAACACGUCCGUCACGUCACGCCCUCCGCCUCGCCGCCGAUUCCGAACGGGUUCCAGCAUCGCGGGCCCUCGCCGCAACCUCCCCACCACCUGUCGCGACCGAAUUCGCGUCUGGAACAGCACCCAGGUCAUGUCCGCCGAAGCUCCAAUCUCGCUCCUCCCCAACCGUACCCUUCGCAAGCACCGCAGCCGCAGCCCAGCUAUGCCUAUAUGCCGAACCCGCCGUUCUACAACCCUCAAACUGCUCAGCGGCCGCAAGGCCCGCCAGGUGCCCAGUACCACUAUGCAACGCACCCUAUGCCAAAUCCUCAAGUACAGCAGUAUAUGCAACAGGACCAACGCCGACAGUCUAUGCCGCCCGUGCCCCAGAUGCAGCCUUCCCCGCAAAUGCAGCCAACGGCACAGAUGCAAUCGCACCCAUCUCAGCACCAACAACAGCAGCAGCAGCACCAGCAGCAGCAACAAAUUCAACAGCAACAACAACAGCAAAUCCAGCAUCAACAACAGCAACAGCAAGCGCAACAGCAAGCGCAACAGCAGGCACAGCAGCAGCAGCAACAGCAACAGCAACAAUCGCAGACACCACAGCCUCCACCGCAGCAGCAACUUGAGCGACCACCGCAGCCUACCAUCACCGUCCCGUCACCACCGCAGCACCAUGAUUUCCAGAGCCCACCCCUUCCGCAGCCAAAGCCGUUACAUGCCUCCGCCAAGCACAGUAUAUUCACACCUAUCGACGAUAGUCAGUCAAUGCUAGCCGCGCAUUGGGGUAGCAGUAGUAUGGUUCCACCUCGCAGUGAUCUUCACGCCGUGAAACAAGAAAAUCGGUCGCAAUCAAUUGAUGUAGCUGCUAUGUCACGGCUCCAGCCAAACGGUCCUCAGUCUUUACAGCCCCUAAAGAUUCCAAGCCCACAACCGCCGCUGCAACCUCCUCUACGAACGCAAUCUACCUCGUCCGUACCCCCAAUAGCUCCGCCCACGCGAACGAACAGUCUACAGAUGGACAAAAACAAGCCGAAGUUACGAGUUCAGAUACCAAGCGAGCAUUCCGAUGGAGGUAGCGCUACGGCCGACUCGUCACCCAAAGACUCAAUCUCAGGCGCCACGCCAGCUCGCAGCACAGACGCCUCGCACUCGUCCGGCGUCGUUCUCCCACCUCCAUCACCGUCCGCAAAUUCCCUUCUCAGCGCUGGCGCAACCGGGCCCCCAAACCCUUUCGCUCGCCCACCACCCCCUACGAACAGCAACUCGUACGGCAGCAGCAAUCGUGACAUGGAGACGCCCAUCUCGGCACUGCCGUCACGAUUCGUUGAGAACGGGUUGCUUCCAUCACCAAGCAGCUUCUACCCAGAGUGGGGUUUUGGUCGCGGUGAUUCCAACAUGCUGCCCAGCCCGUUGACUUUCCAAACACCAGUCGUCACAAACGGGCCGUCUUUCGCACGCGAUGAUUCUGCAGAUCGCAAACGCAAGACAUCUGACGGGGGCAGCGAUACCAGUCAGAAGAGGGCGAAGACUUAGGUGUUCUUGACCUGUAGUACCAUUUUAUUCUUCCCUUCUGCUUUCGAGCGCGGCACUUGUUUCGCACAUAUGUUGCCUUUCCACAGCGUGCUGUUUUGUUCGAUGUUGUAGGCGUUAUAGGAUACCCACGACACCCGAGUAUGUUUGUUGUUUCGUUCAGCUAUGUAAUGCCAUUGGGUGUCUUGAGUUCAAGACGCGAAGAAUUGCACGAUAGUCACGAAGAUGGAGAUGAGGCCUUAGGCGUAAAUACCAAUUUAAAGAUUAAAAGCAAUCUUCACUCA